CGCAGCUGGACGACAAGGGUGUGCUGUUGCUGAGAGUCGUACAUAAGUGGAUCGUUCCUGACAAGGGAAAUUCCUCUGAACCUUACAUAAUUGACAUGGUUCUCAUGGAUGAGGAGGGAACACGCAUACAAGCAACGGUUGAAAAUGCGCAUGUUUCUAAUUUUAAGGACAAAAUUAAGGAGCAUGGCCUUUAUGGAAUGAUGCGAUUUGAGGUAAGGGCUAAUAACGGUGAUUACAGGCCUACUUCACAUCCUUUCAGGCUAUAUUUCAAGGAGAACACAAAGAUCAAGGAGCGUGAUCUUUCAAAAGAGACGGAAUUCCCAAGAGAUUUGUACUCACUAAAAAGUUUCAGCGAGAUUACAAAUACUCAUAAGAGAGCUGGAGAUGACUUAUUCGAUACAAUUGGAAAGUUUAAGCAUGACAACAUCAAAUAUUCCUUGCAAUCAGAUGGAUUGCCACGAGCAGCAGAA